AUGAAGAGCAAAUCUAGUUUUGUUUCCAUCGAUAAGAGCUUUGCUUAUGCUGAAUACAAGAAGUUGGCACCGCCAUUAUCGAGCGAUAGGACUACCUAUGGAUCGAUUUUCAGACAGGUUGAAGCGGAGCUAACACAAGUUCAGGAUGAUACUAUGGCGGUGUUUAAAGUCCUUGAUAAAGAUAUUGAUGAAGAGAUAAAACAGAUAGAAGUGCUAGAAUUGAAGUUGAAAAGCUCGCACAAGAAGAUCAAACACUCAUACAGCAAGACACUCAAGCUACGAGAUAAGAACCAACGAUACAAACAUUUUUGCAAAACGCUGGAUUCUAUGGAAACUCGAAUGGAGAAGUUAGACGAACAGUUUGAACUACUGAACAAAUCGUCAGACCUUGUGUUGGACAGUAUUGUUGCCGCGAAUUCAUACAGAGAGCAGUGCAAUGAUCCAGCUACAUACAUUAUGAUGGACGAAUUUAGCAAAAAACGGUACCCAACACUGUUUUCGGUUCUUCAACUGAAAUUUCCAGAGACUCUUCGUACAUCGCAAGAUGCACUAUCUAUAUCUAUGGAGGAUGAAAUAGAACAGGCUCCUCCAUUGACUACGACUAGCAAGACACCGGAUUUGACUUUAAAGUCGCAACGGGACCGAGACAGUUCUGUAAAUGGACACCUAGUGUCAAUUUUUUCACCAGUACGAACACCUGCAUCGCCAUACACCACUCUAGAUAAUGUGACGUGUGAUGGUGGCUUCAAUCUGAAUGUCCCAAAGUUAAGUAAGAAUUCUAUCUAA